AUGGCCAAGAAGAAAGCACAGUCUCCCCCCGAGGAGACGAUCGACGAACAGAAAACGCUCGAAAUAUACAAGCAGGCCCUCACGUUCAAUGUGAUAGCAAAAUAUGACCCUCUGAUUGACCAGCUUGUGCAUUUGACCUCGUACUGUGUGGUAUACCGCUUUGACCACGACCAGAACGACUGGGUUAAGCUCGACUUCCAGGGCCCGUUGGCGAUAUAUUCGCGAAAGAGCGACGUGUCGGGUCCAACGCCAGCGUCACAGAUUGUUCAAAACGACCAGCUGUACACUUUUGGACUCAUUGUGCUCAAUAGAAUGAAGCCGGAGAAUUUCAGCAUCGGACUCAUAAGCAACAAGCAGCUGACCGAUCCCGAGGACGGGAUCAUCGUCGAAAACACAGAAAAACUUAUCAUUGUGCGUGACCUGAGCCAGCAGACGUAUGGCCUGUGGAUCUUCGACGCCGCCGACAGAGACUAUAUCUGCGAAAUCUUGAAAUACUGUAUAGAAGGAGAACAGAAAUAA